AAAUUUUUUGACGUGUGAUGUAAACCAAUCAGAGGCAACCACGACCAAAAUCUUCUGAAGCUUGUCAGAAGUUGUUAAAACGUCUGCUAGAAUGGCAGGAAUACAAUUAACUAGGAUAUUCUUCCUUAAUUUAUCAUUAUGUGUAAUUAUUUCAUUAGCAGGGAGAGAUUUUUAUGAUAUUUUAGGUGUUAGACGAAGUGCCAGUACACAUGAAAUUAAAAAGGCUUAUAGAAAAUUAGCAAAGGAAUUGCAUCCUGAUAAAAAUAAAAAUGAUCCUGAUGCAUCGCAAAAAUUUCAGGAUCUUGGCGCUGCUUAUGAGGCACUUUCAGAUGCUGAAAAUCGUAAAUUAUACGAUAGAUGUGGUGAGGAGUGUUUGAAAAAAGAAGGUUCAAUGAAUGGUGCCGAUCCAUUUGCAAGUUUUUUUGGUGAUUUUGGUUUUCAUUUUGGUGGUGAACAACAACAACAUCAAACACCUAAGGGAGAUAAUAUUGUUAUGGAAUUAUCUGUAACACUCGAAGAAUUAUAUAGUGGUAAUUUUAUAGAGAUUACGAGAAAUAAACCUGUGAUGAAAGCAGCGAAAGGAACGAGAAAAUGUAAUUGCAGACAGGAAUUAGUAACACGUAAUUUAGGUAAUGGAAGAUUUCAAAUGAUACAACAAAAUGUAUGCUCCGAUUGUCCAAAUGUACAAUUGGUUAAUGAGGAGCGAAUUCUCGAGGUUGAAGUUGAACCCGGAAUGAUUGAUGGGCAAGAAACGAAAUUCGUUGCUGAAGGUGAACCACACAUUGAUGGAGAUCCUGGUGAUUUAAUUAUUAAGAUUCGAACACAACCUCAUGACACAUUCGAGCGAAUUGGUGACGAUUUGUAUACAAAUGUAACGAUAUCAUUGCAAGAUGCUUUAAUUGGUUUUAGUGUCGAUAUUGUUCAUUUGGAUGGUCAUAAAGUAACAAUUAAAAGAGACAAAGUAACGAAACAUGGUGCUCGAAUAAGAAAAAAGGGCGAGGGUAUGCCUAAUUAUGAAAAUAAUAAUCUUUAUGGUAAUUUGUAUAUUACAUUCGAUGUGACUUUCCCCGAUAAAGAACUUUCAGAAGAGGAUAAAGAAGCAUUUAAAAGUUUAUUGGGACAAACAUCUGAUCAUAGGAUAUACAAUGGAAUUCGAGGAGAAUAAAAUUAGAUUUAAUUAUUAAUUUUUAAUUGUGAAAGGAGAAAAACACUGCGCUAAUUGUGCGGUAAAAUCUUUGCAACAAGUGCUUCGUUCUUGUUUCUUCCUUGAAACCAGAUUUUUUUUUUUAAUAUCAGUCGUACUUUAUACUUUUUCAUUUAAAGUUUCAAAAAAAGAAACUUUUAAGGAAGUAUACAAAGACUGAUACAAUAACGUUUCUUGGAGACGUUUUUUUUUUGCAAAGGAUCAAUCGCGAGUGCAUUUAUUUGAAUUUUUAAAUUAUUAUCGAGUGUGUGAUAGUGUAAAUGUUUUUCUUUUUUUUUUUUUUUUGCCAUGUUUUUUCAUACAUGCUGUUUUAUAUUCGAGUUUAUAUGUAUAAAUAAAAGAAUUUUUAAGAUCUUGUUAGAAAAAAAAAAAAAAAUAAUAAAUUGUAUUUUCAAUUUGAAUGAAAACGUAUGUAUGAGAACUAGAUGAAAAAUAUAUCAACGAGAAAGGAGAGUUAAUUUUUGUUUUUCAAAAAAAGAAAAAAAUUGUUCCUUCUUUUUUUAAUUUCAUGAAAUUUGUUAUUAUUUUCUUAAAGUGUCCUUAUUAUAAAUGUUUGUUUCGAAUUAAUACACAAUGUAAAAAAAAAAUAUAAAAAUGAACAUAUCGUAAAUUUUAA